CAUUGGCAAACACGGUUGGUGCUGGUCCCCAGACACGCUGAGGUGAGGUCUGCUCCCCAGAAAGUCACCCACUCCGCCCCCUUGCCUUGCCGGCCUGACCUUUUAUCAGGCGCCCUGGCCAAUCAAGCGAGGGCAGACAGGAGCCCUUCCAGGGGCCCAUCGGAGAGGCGGAGCCCGUGCCGCCCGCACCACAUCGCAGCCAGAAGAGCGGCAGGCAGCUGGAGCCCCCGGGGUGGGCACCACAGCCAUGGCCACGGCUGAGACUGCGCUACCUUCCAUCAGCACCCUCACUGCCCUGGGGCCCCUCCCGGAGACCCAGGAAUAUUUCAAGUGGUGGCGCUCCACGGAGGUGCAGGAUUUGGGCCCAGGUCCCCCUGAACCCUUCCACCUGAAGCUGGAGCCCGACGGCCUGGCCGUGAACGCCGACGAGGACGAGGAGCAGCAGCAGGCCGAGAGCGCUGCCUGGAACCUGGACCUCCUCCUCAGCAGCUUCCCCAGCCCGGAGCUCAGCUGCCUGGGCCGGUCUGGAGGUCUGGCCCCAAGCAGCGAUAGCCCCUCCACGCCCUACCCGCCGCUGCCCGAGGUCCUGGGCGCCUACGGGGGCGGCCCGGGGCUGGUGCCUGCGCUCGUGGGUCCCGACGAGCCCUCGCCCAGCUGGGCGCGCCCUGCCCCGCGAGCCCUGGGCCCCGACGCCUUUGCAGGUCCAGCCCUGGCGCCGGGCCCUGCGUCCAGGGAGCUGGCGCUGCAGCCGGGGUACCCGGGCUCCGGCGGCUACUUCCCCCCACGGCCCGCGCUCCCCGCGGCGGCGGGGCCCGGCUCCCACUACGAGCUGCUGCCCGGGUACCCCGCGCUCUACCGGACCCCGCAGUAUCAGGGCCACUUCCAGCUCUUGCGGGGCUCGGCCGCCGCGCCCUCCUUCUUGGGCGCAGCGGCGGGAGGUGCGGGACUCGGCCGGGGCCCCGCGGGAGACCCUGAUCUCCUGGCGGCCGCGGCGCCCAGCAAGCGCAGCCGGUGCUCGCUGGCGCGCAAGAGGCAAGCGGUGCACGUGUGCGAGCACCCGGGCUGCGGGAAGAGCUACACCAAGAGCUCGCACCUCAAGGCGCACCAGCGCACGCACACAGGAGAGAAGCCGUACGCCUGCACGUGGGACGGCUGUGGCUGGAGCUUCGCGCGCUCCGACGAGCUGACCCGCCACUACAGGAAGCACACGGGCCAGCGCCCCUUCCGCUGCCAGCUCUGCCCGCGCGCCUUCCCGCGCUCCGACCACCUGGCUUUGCACAUGAAGCGCCACCUGUGAGCCUCACGCCGACGCCUGGACCCUCUCUCCCAGAGCAGAUUUCCCAAGGACUUACCACCCCUACAGGUGCACCCCUCCAACAAAAAAGUCCAAGACUGACCCACCUCCCUAGACAGAACUGGAGGCUGGGGCCGCCCCCUCCUCCCAGCGUCGUUGAGCCAUAGGGUACCCCGCCAGCAUCCGAU